AUGGUUUCUUUCAAGGCUCUUGUUUCGGCUGCUUUCGCCUUUGGCCUUAUCUCGGUCGCCCAGGCUGCUCCCCAGGACGUGGUCAAGCGCGCCUCGCCUUCCAAGCAGGUUUGGAUCACCAGCGCCUCGGACCACUGCAUUAUCCUCCCCAAGUCCAAGCAGACCAUCGGCGACAGUGAGCACCCGGGUGGCAUGCGCUCGUUCUGCACCAAGCCCUACUCGUCGGAGCAGGGCAAGCUGAACUCGGGCUUCUGGACCGAGGUUCACUUCAAGAAGACCAAGAAGUACGCCCAGCUCACUGGUUGCAUCAACCCCAAGGUCCAGAGCACCCUCGUCUCGAACGACGACGGUGGCCAGUACGACUCGAACGGUGGUGACGGUGGCCGCGGCAACCCCGCCGGCUCGGUCUGUCUCGGCUACGCCUCGUACGUCGAGCUUAUCGAGCCCAAGCAGCGCCGCGCCUGCAUCCGCUGCUGCGUCAACGCCGGCGACUGCAACAUCGGCAACGAUGAGGAUGGCUGCGAGCAGGUCAUCAAGGGCCAGUACUGCUAA